UUCAGACAUGUAACUUUGCGCGUCUCUCUUACUAUAAGCAAAAUAGUUCCGAGCCGCUCCCCUCCCCUUGUCUUGACGACGGGGCGAGGUUCCGCAGUCCCCCAGCUUGGAGUCUUCCCGGCUCUCUUUAGGGUGGGAGGAGGGGGGGAAAGGAGCGCACAGAGACUUGUGUCCCCGCCGCCACCUAAACUCCCCCCGCGGAGGGAUAUCUCUGGGUGAGUGCGCGUGCUUUUUUUCCCUUCCCGCACCAAAAUAUUGAGAGUUAAGAGGCAGCUCCGCUGUGUAAUUGAGCUCAGAAGAGAGCAGUGCCUGUCGGAGGCUGUGUUGCUGCUCGGGGGCUCCUGCCUUACUGCGGUGCUGGAUUGCAUUUACACUGACCCCCCUGGCAGCUUCCAAGAGGAGUGGAUUUUAUCCGGCAGGCUCCAGCCUUGGCUUGGGAAAAGACGGGACUCCGGGCGGCUGUAGCGAGCAAGAACCCAAGAUCUUGGUCCCCCUUUUAAAACGAAGCCUUUGAUUCUUCCGAAGGACAGCUUUUUCAUCACAUUCUGGGAUUUUUAAAUUUUUCUUUUCUGGCCGCUUCAUUCUGGAAGUCCGUUUCUAUCUUUGGAGGGAGGAGAAAUUUUUUUUAUAUACAUCUUCAACGCCCGGUGGGAGGGAAAGAAAAGGAGAGCGGGGGAGCUCCUGCUUCCCGAAGCUCCCUCCUCCUCGUCGGGCUUGGGCUGGAUCCUGCGCCUCUGGUUUUGGCAACGCGACUGCUCGUCAGCAGGUUAUUGUUAUUUCGAAAUUGAUUUGCUGUGAAUUGACUGAACUAAGACAGCGGGAUUCCGAGCUUGAUCGUUGGACUUUGGGGCUUUGGGUCGCGACCGCUGCCUGGAAGAUGUUACUCUCCAAGUUCGGCUCACUCGCUCACCUUUGCAACCCAACCAGUAUGGAUCACUUGCCGGUGAAGAUCCUCCAGCCAGUGAAAGUGGAGAAGGAGCCGUUCGAUAAAAUCUAUCAAGUGGGCUCCGUGCUCGGCAGCGGGGGAUUUGGCACGGUCUAUGCCGGGAACAGGAUCGCAGAUGGCUUGCCGGUGGCGGUGAAGCAUGUGGUCAAGGAGAGAGUCACGGAGUGGGGCACAAUUGGUGGAGUAAUGGUGCCCUUGGAGAUAGUCCUGUUGAAGAAAGUGGGGUCUGGAUUCCGAGGGGUCAUCAAGCUGCUGGACUGGUAUGAGAGACCGGAUGGCUACCUGAUUAUCAUGGAGCGGCCAGAGCUGGUGAAAGAUCUCUUUGACUUCAUCACUGAGAAGGGUGCCCUGGACGAGGACACGGCCCGGGGCUUUUUCCGCCAAGUCCUAGAGGCAGUGCGCCAUUGCUACAACUGCGGUGUGGUGCACAGAGACAUCAAGGAUGAAAACCUCCUGGUGGAUCUCCGGACAGGCGAGCUGAAGCUGAUUGAUUUUGGGUCCGGGGCUAUCCUCAAGGACACCGUUUACACUGAUUUUGAUGGGACACGCGUGUACAGUCCCCCAGAAUGGAUUCGCUAUCACAGAUACCAUGGCAGAUCAGCUACUGUGUGGUCUUUGGGCGUUCUCUUGUAUGACAUGGUCUGUGGAGACAUCCCUUUUGAACAAGAUGAGGAGAUCUUGAGGGGACGGUUAUACUUCCGAAGACGAAUUUCACCUGAAUGCCAACAACUGAUCAAAUGGUGCCUUUCCCUGAGGCCUUCGGACAGACCAACACUCGAGCAGAUUUUUGACCACCCGUGGAUGCACAAAUCAGAAAUGGUGAAGUCAGAAGACUGUGACAUAAGGCUACGGACCAUUGACACGGACGUGUCUAGCACAAGUUCAAGCAAUGAGAGCCUGUGAAAUAUUAAGGACCAUGCAACAGGAGGGGAGCUACAAGCAGGAAAAAAAAUUACAAGACCACAGUGCUGCUGCUGCUGCCAAUAUGUAGGAGGGGCUAGGAAAAAAAAUGCAUUCAUUAUUCUGUAGUUUGAAUCUUAUCUGAGGGACUUGAUUUUCUAAAAAAAAAAUUUCCCCCUUUUUGGCUGGUUUCUGCUUUGAAAUGAAAGAUUUCCUUUGGAAGUGCUGACGUUUGGGAGUUUGCAGGCCAGUACUUAGUCAAAGACUGACCUCUUUUUUUCUUCCUUCCCUUUUUCCUUUCUUCUUUUAUAUUAAGACAAAGCAGUGACCUCUUUAACAUGGUAACCCUUUGCUCUCAUAGAGCCGGACUACAUUUUAAUUUGCUUUUUUCAGUGCCUUUUUGAAAGCUGCUUCAGUGGGACUUUCUUUUUUGAGCUGUGUAUGUCCAAAGAAAAUCCAGGACAUGAUAGGAUUUAUGUUUAUUUUUUUAAAUUGUGCUCCCUUUCCGCGCUAAAAGGUGCCAGGGUGGGAUAGCCAGUUCCUAUGAUGUCCUGGAGAACAUGUUCAGUGAUUGAAUGAAGUAGUCCCAUCCACUGGUGAUGGAAUACUUGAACACAGACAUUUCAGUCCUUCCUGGUUUCUCCCCAGCCCUCCUUCCCCACCCUCCGAAGACCACCUCUGCUGUUCCACACAUUUAUAUUUCCAGUAGGCUGCACAGACAGGUCUUUCAGCUGUUUUAUCAGGAACACUUAACUCAUAUUUCCUUUCAUCAUCUCUACCACUGGGCACAAAAAGCCCUUUUCUCAACUCCCUCCCAACCUGCAAGUCUUAAAAAGUAUGUAUGGGCACAAUCAAUGCAAUAUUCAAGGACUUCGUGUGUGUGUGUGUGUUUUCCAUACUUGUAUAAUGUGUUGAUGUAAAUUUUAUUUUUCUCCUCCCCUCUCCCAUGUAUUAUAUGGUUUUAUUUAUUGUCUGAAGUUUAGAAGAUCUCUCACAGUCUCAUCUGUGGCUAUUUAUUUUGGCUAAUUUAUUUGAUUAGAAUUAUUCAAACAUUGCUUCCCCCACCCUUCUUAAGCCUCUUAUGGGAAUUAUUACAGUUGGUCCACAUUUUUUUCCCCCUUUGUAUUCCUAUCUGUCUUUCUGUUGGUUGAAAAAGUAAAAAAAAGUCUGACCAUACCUGGGUUUUUUUUUCCAUUUUUGGUUGGAAGAUGGAAAAUUGUUGUACAAAGUCUAAUUUAAGGGAACUAGAAUGACUUUAAAAGUUAGUUCAGUAUGCCUUUUUUGUCUGGUAUUAUUUACAUACCAGAACUGUAAAGUAAUGCUGUUUGGAAGGGUUUAAAUUAUUGACACUGUACAGUCUUUGUGCAUUGGCUCUGGAAGGAAGAGGGGCAGAGUCAUAAACCUUAAUUUAUUUUAAUAGCUGUGUGUUCUGUGAUCUGGUUGCAUUUAUGCAGCUUGGAUUUUUUUUUCUUCUGUUUAACAGUGUGAAAUGUAUGGAGAUCAUAUUUUUUAUACAGGUAUUUCAAUUAAACUUUUUUUUGUAGAUAA